AGGCGUGGUUACUUCUAAUGCACGUGCACAUCCUAUGCAUGCUUGAGGUGACACGUGGCCAGCAACUUCAGACAAUUUGGACGUUUUCUAUAACAGCUGUGGUCAUAGUCUACUGUUGGAGUGGUCAUGUCUUCUAAGAAGUUGUCCUGUGGGAGGGACUUCUUUGCUGUGCCUAAUUUAGCUGUAGCUCUGGAGAAUGGAGGAAAAUGCGGGUUUGAUUUUGUGAGUAUACCAUUAGUCCAUCCUCGAUACAAGCGAGACUUCAUUUUUGCUGAUGGCAGUCAUGUUCGUGAUACUAUUAGUGAACCUUUGACUCGUAAUGAUCUAGUUUUACCAAGUGGAGAAUGGAUGAGUUUGGUUGUUGGAAAGAUAUCUCCCUGGUUGAACGUGGAUAGUUAUGAUGAGAACAUUCGUACUAAUUCAGAGAAAGCACUAUUUGAAGAACUGAUGUUGUCGAUGCACUUGAAUAUUCCAGUCGUUUUGGUACCUUUGUUAAGUAAAAACUGUGUUAAUCUUGCCAGGUGUUUGUUGAGUCAUUGUGGAUUAAUAAAGAGCAAUCAAGCAUUUUGGAUUCAUGUGCCUCUAACAGAUCCAAAAAGUACUCUUGAAUGUUCAGACUGUGACAGUGAGGACACAUGGGACUGGUGGAAUAAAUUAAGAACAUUUUGUGACAAUGAGAGACGCUUAUCAUUAGCACUUGAAAUUGGUUGUGCUGUUCCUUCAAGUAUUGUUUUGAAGCGAUGGCUUGGAGAACCUGUUAGAGCUCUUGUCAUUUCAACUGAUCUUUUCAUUAUGAAUAGAAAAGGAUUUCCUGUUUUGAAGCGAUGUCAUCAAGAGUUGCUGUGCCAUUUUUUUAAACUUGAGGUACAAUUUAUUCUUACUGGUGCCAGCCGAACUGAAAAUGGCUUACAAUCUUAUUAUCAAUACUUGGAUCAUCUGUAUAUGACACGCAGUGUGCCUGAUAAAAUGGGUGCUUUUGCAAAAGGAUAUAACGACUACCUACAGAAUCCUCUUCAGCCUCUGAUGGACAAUCUUGAUUCUCAUACUUACGAAGUGUUCGAAAAAGAUCCUGUAAAAUAUGAGAAAUACGAAAAAGCAAUUUCUUGUUUUUUGAAGGACCGAGAUUCAUCUGAGUUACAUGAAAUUGUAAUUAUGGUUGUUGGUGCUGGACGUGGCCCAUUAGUUCAAGCAGCUUUAAAGGCUGCCAGUAAGACUAAGAUGCAUGUAAAGAUCUAUGCAGUUGAAAAGAAUCCCGGUGCUGUAGUUACAUUACGAAAUAGACAAAAAGAUGAAUGGGGAAGUGUUGUGACUGUUAUAUCUUGUGAUAUGAGAGAUUGGAAGCCUUUAGUAAAGGCAGAUUUACUUGUAAGUGAGCUUUUGGGAUCCUUUGGUGACAAUGAGUUGUCUCCUGAAUGUCUUGAUGGAGCACAAAGAUUUUUAAAAGGAGAUGGAGUUAGUAUCCCUUUUCAGUAUUCCUCGUACCUUGCACCACUGUCUGCUCCCAAGCUAUAUUCUUCAAUUGAAGAAUGCCGGGAAAGGGAUAAAAAACAUUUCCUUGCUCAUUAUGAAACACCAUAUGUUGUUCGCUUGUGGAAUGCCUAUGUCAUUUCGCCUCCUCAAAUAUGUUUUUCUUUUAAUCAUCCAAAAAAGGGAGAUGCUUUCAAGUGAAAAUUAUCGGACGGU